CUUCUUUUUCUUGGGUAAGAAGCACUAGAAUAAUCUGGCGUGUAUAACCAAAAACCCUAAUUAAACCCCUCAUAUAUAUAUAGAAAACCCCCUCUCUCUCACACUCCAUUUUCUUUUCAAUCUCCGAUCAUCACAAUCCUCUUUUUCUCGCUAUGGCCGCUGCAACCGCUUUGCUCCGCUCUCUCCGCCGCCGUGAUGCUGCUUCUUCCACCGUCACUGCCUUUCGUUCGUUGACAGGCAACACUAAACCUGCAUAUGUAGGUCACAAUUGGUCAAGUUUGUCUCGACCAUUCAGUUCAAGGGCUGCUGGAAAUGAUGUUAUUGGUAUUGAUUUGGGUACAACUAAUUCAUGUGUUUCUGUUAUGGAAGGAAAGAAUCCAAAAGUCGUUGAGAAUUCUGAAGGUGCACGAACCACACCAUCCGUGGUUGCCUUCACUCAGAAAGGGGAGCUGCUUGUAGGCACACCAGCCAAGCGUCAGGCUGUAACUAACCCAGAAAACACUAUCUCUGGUGCCAAGCGUUUGAUUGGUAGGCGAUUUGAUGAUCCUCAAACUCAAAAAGAGAUGAAAAUGGUUCCAUACAAGAUUGUUAAGGCUCCAAAUGGAGAUGCAUGGGUUGAAGCUAAAGGGCAGCAGUAUUCACCUAGCCAGAUUGGUGCCUUCGUUCUCACCAAAAUGAAGGAAACUGCAGAAGCUUAUCUUGGAAAGACAGUUCCUAAGGCUGUUAUUACUGUUCCAGCUUAUUUCAAUGAUGCUCAAAGGCAGGCAACAAAAGAUGCCGGUAGAAUUGCAGGUCUCGAGGUGCUUAGAAUCAUCAAUGAGCCCACUGCUGCUGCACUUUCAUAUGGGAUGAACAAGGAAGGCCUCAUUGCUGUUUUUGACCUUGGUGGUGGAACAUUUGAUGUUUCCAUUUUAGAAAUUUCUAAUGGUGUUUUUGAGGUGAAAGCGACCAACGGUGACACUUUCUUGGGAGGAGAGGACUUUGACAAUGCCUUGUUGGAUUUUCUGGUGAAUGAGUUUAAGAGGUCUGAGAGUAUAGACCUUUCAAAGGAUAAGCUUGCCUUGCAAAGGCUCCGUGAAGCUGCUGAGAAAGCUAAGAUAGAACUGUCUUCAACAUCUCAGACAGAAAUUAACCUGCCUUUCAUCACUGCUGAUGCAUCUGGUGCAAAGCAUCUCAACAUCACAUUAACUAGAUCCAAAUUUGAGGCUUUAGUAAAUAACUUGAUCGAAAGAACUAAGGCUCCAUGUCAGAGCUGUUUGAAGGAUGCAAACAUAUCUACCAAGGACAUUGACGAAGUUCUUCUUGUUGGAGGGAUGACUCGUGUGCCAAAAGUCCAAGAGGUGGUUUCGACAAUUUUUGGCAAGUCUCCUUGUAAAGGGGUUAAUCCUGAUGAGGCAGUUGCAAUGGGAGCAGCACUCCAGGGUGGUAUCCUACGUGGAGAUGUCAAAGAGCUCCUACUAUUGGAUGUUACACCACUCUCUCUGGGUAUUGAGACUUUGGGUGGUAUCUUUACAAGGUUAAUCAACCGCAACACUACUAUUCCUACUAAAAAGAGUCAGGUCUUUUCAACGGCAGCUGACAAUCAAACACAAGUAGGUAUCAAAGUGUUACAAGGUGAGCGGGAAAUGGCUUCCGACAACAAAAUGCUUGGAGAAUUUGAGCUAGUUGGCCUUCCUCCUGCUCCCAGAGGUAUGCCUCAGAUUGAGGUCACCUUUGACAUUGAUGCCAACGGUAUUGUUACCGUGUCUGCCAAGGACAAGUCCACUGGUAAAGAGCAGCAAAUUACUAUUAAGUCGUCUGGUGGGCUUUCUGAUGAUGAGAUCCAAAAUAUGGUCAAAGAAGCCGAGUUGCAUGCUCAGAAAGACCAAGAAAGAAAGAGUUUGAUCGAUAUUAGAAACUCUGCAGACACAUCAAUUUACAGCAUUGAGAAAAGCCUAAGUGAAUAUAGGGAGAAGAUACCUGCCGAAGUGGCAAAGGAAAUUGAGGAUGCUGUUUCUGAUUUGAGAAGUGCGAUGGCUGGGGACAGUGCAGAUGAAAUCAAGUCGAAACUUGAUGCUGCAAACAAGGCCGUCUCCAAGAUUGGAGAGCACAUGUCAGGUGGCUCUAGUAGUGGUCCCUCAUCUGAUGGUUCUCAAGGUGGGGACCAGGCUCCAGAGGCAGAAUAUGAAGAGGUGAAGAAGUAAGACUCCUAGUGGUUUCUAGCUGGACGCUUUUUUGAUUUAGAGUUCUUUAAAUAACAGGCUUGAGAUGAGUUUUUUUUUUAGUUUAGUAGAAAUAUAAGGUUGCUUAUUUUUGUAUCUAAUGCUGGGGAUUUUAUUAGUGUUUUCGGAGAACUGAGUUGAAAUCUAUAUUGAAAUCUGUGCCUAGUGGUUUAUUCACUACCUGUGAUGUUUGGUUACAUUUAUUUAUUUUGCACAGAAAUGAAUGGAGAGUUGCUGUUUUGAAA